CGGUGAGUUUUACAAAUUCGGCGAGGACCACGAGCACUGCGACUGCUGAAAAAGACAAGAUUGUCUGGCGAAUUAUUGCGGUCAUCGUCAUAGGAACUGAGAUUAUUAUUUGUUUCACCUACAAAGGCUAAUCGAUCCGUUAAAAAAUACCAGUCAAGAUGGAUAAAGAAACAGUCGUGCUGCAGCGCAAACUUGAAUCCGAAUUGAAAAACUACAAGGAUGCCCAAAAAGACUUCAACAAACUGGUUCAACAGCAGCAGCUUCUCGAUGGCCAGUACAAUGAGAACAAGAAUGUUUUGGAGGAGCUCCAACUGCUGAAGCCAACCAACACGGUUUAUAAACUGUACGGACCGGUGCUGGUAAAGCAGGAGUUGGAGGAAAGCAAGCAAAACGUAACCAAACGUAUCGAGUACAUCAAUAAGGAGCUGAAAAAAUGCACCGACAACAUCGCUAGUCUCGAACAGAAGCAGGACAAAUAUCGAGCUAAUCUGCAGAAACUACAGCGACAGUACCAGAGCCAGAUUGCGCUUACGAAACCUUAAGGGACAGGGUGUGGGUCGUUUAUCCGAGGGGAAUCGAAUGUCACUCUAAUCUAUCGAAUGCUGGAAGGCUUAAAAACACUCAUUUCGAAACCAUUAAAGAAAGUCUAAGCAAAUAAU